AUCCAAUCAGCAGCCGUGACAGUCUGCUUUGCUGCAGGAUCCUCCCCACCGAUGUCGCUUCUUCUAUUUUGGCGGCUGUGUGAAAAACAUGGCGGAAAAUUUGAAAGAUUGCAGCGUGCCUUGGAAGAUGUCCUGGGAUGAGCUGGAAGCCCUCUGUCGCAGAGAGAGACUCUACUGUAAACAGCUGGGGGUGAACAGAACCAAUUCCAAUGAGUAUGAUGUGGAGUUUCUCUGUGACUACAAGAAGACAAAGGAGGAGGAGUUAUACCUGGUAAAGUGGAGGGGCUUUCCAGAGUGUGAUAACACCUGGGAACCUAAGAGGAACCUUAAAUGCCCCAAACUGAUGAAGCAGUUCCACCGGGACCUGGAACAAGAGCUGAGGCGCCACAAGAGACGCUGCAUCCCUAAAAAAUUGGAUAAGGAAGUUGCCUCAUACCUUGUCCAAAAAGCCAAACUCCGUCAGAGUUUGCAGCGCUGGGAGGCACAUUUGAAUCAGACACGCAACCACCCAGGUCGCAUUUUUGUCCUAAACGAAGUGGACUUUGAGGGCCCUCCAAAAAACUUCACCUACAUCAACAACUACAAAGUAGGCCAGGGCAUCGUGUUAGAUGAAAUGGCUGUGGGCUGUGAGUGUAAGAACUGUUUAGAGGAGCCGGUAAAUGGUUGUUGCCCUGGAGCCUCCCUCCACCGCAUGGCCUACAAUGACAGGGGGCAGGUCCGGAUCCGGGCAGGACAGCCCAUUUAUGAGUGUAACUCCCAAUGCAGCUGUAGCCUCGAAUGUCCUAACAGAGUGGUGCAGAAAGGCAUCCAGUUCGACCUGUGCAUUUUUAAGACGGAGAACGGCCGGGGGUGGGGUGUCCGCACACUGCAGCAUAUCAAGAAGAACACAUUCAUUAUGGAGUACGUGGGAGAGAGGUGA